AUUGUUCUUUGCUUUCAUUCAGAUUGAAGACCUAAAGAAGAGAAUCGCUCUCAUCCCACAGCAGCCUACAUGCAACCCAGUUUUCAAACGCUUCUUUACCAGACUCCGGAAAGAAAUACAAAGAGUUGGUUUGCCCAGUGACUCCGCGGACGUCUUCUACGAUGCCAAAAUCAGACUGUCCUCACGAGCCAUGGCAGAGAUUGAGUCACUUCUGGAGGGUGACGACAGCUGGAGAACAGGAGCUCUGGACAACGCCAUCAGUCAGAUACUGGUAGAUAUCAGACCACAUGACUACGAGGCCUGGAAGUGGCGUUUUGAAGACACCUUUGGCGUGGAGCUUGACACAAUAUUUAAAAUGAUGCUCGUUGUUCUGAUCAUAGUGGCCAUCAUAUGCACUCAGCUCUGGUCAACGGUGUCCUGGUUCGUGCAGUUCAGUCGACUGUUUGCUGUCAGCUUCUUCGUCAGUAUUAUCUGGAACUGGCUUUAUCUGUACAAGAUUGCCUUUGCUGAUCACCAAAGCCGCCUAGCAAAGAUGGAUGGCAUCAAUGAAAAAUGCACUGGAAUGAAGAAAAUUGACUGGAGUGAUAACUUGAAAGAGUGGUUCAGAAGCACCUGGACUCUUCAAGGUGACCCUUGUAAGGAAUACUAUGAAGCCAUCGUGGUUAACCCCAUUCUGCUGGUACCUCCAACAAAGGCGAUCGCAGUUACCAUCACAACCUUCUUCACAGAGCCACUAAAGCACGUUGGACAGGGGAUCAGUGAGUUUCUUGUAGCCCUCCUCAAAGAUCUACCAAUCACCCUGCAGAUCCCAGUUCUCCUCACUAUUGUGCUCGCCAUAGUGGUAUGCAUGUACGGAGGCGUGCAAGCAGUCUUCCAGCAUGGCAUCGCUGCUCCUUUCCGCCGCCCUCGAUUGGAUCCACCUCCAACACAGUUGGAGCAACUGCAACCUUGCCUACAGCAGAUCGUUGACCUCUUAGCAGCAGGGGACGCACCACCACCACAACAAGUCCCAAGGCGACGAGUCGAAGGUGGCAGAUUAGACAGGAACCAGGUUCGUCAGAGGCAGCCCAACAGACCCAGGGAAAAGCCAGCCAAGUUGGUUGUAGAGACACUACGCACCACCGAGCCUCGGUAUAGCGAGAAUGAGACGGAUGGUAAGCGGCGUGAGGCGGAGCAGAAUCUCUCCGAUGAGUCAGAUUCAGAAAACCAGCCGGAGACCCAAGAGGAGCUAGAAGGAGAGAGUGUUCCUGCUAACACGACCCAAACAAAAACCAAACCCACCGAAUCAGAUUCAUCUCCAUCAAAGAUUAAACCUCUGAAAGUGAAUACAAAAUGUUCUCAAGAUAAAAUCAGCAGAGACGGUGCAGCACCGAGACCUCAGCCAGCAGAAGGGCAACCUUCACAAACUGAUGCUCCAGUGAGUUAAAAUACAUGAAAACUA